AUGGACCUCAAAUCUCUUCCCCAACAACACAAUACAUUUUCCGGCCAUCCGCCACCACCGCCUCCCGGCGCUGGCCUGGCCCACCACCGGGCCGUCUUCCAUUGGGCCUUUUAUUGGGGCAAAGAGGCCCAAUUCCUUUUCAACCACUGGCCCGACAAUAGUUCGGCCAUGUACGCACUUUCCUUGAUACUCGUCUUCACUUUAGCAGCAACCGUCGAGUUCUUGUCCAAACUCGACAUUGUCAAAGAUGGCUCUAACCGGGUCAGCUCGAUUUUCUUCCGGGCUGGGAUAUCUGCUGUACGGGCCGGGUUUGCGUACAUGGUGGUUUUGGCCGUGAUGUCGUACAACGGUGGCGUGUUCAUUGCGGCCGUUUUGGGCCAUGCGGUUGGGAACGUUGCUGCUUUUACGAGUGGGCUGGUGAAGAAAGACGUUAGGCCCAACUGA